GAGACCUUCACAAAUCAAUCGCCGCGCCGAUUCUCUUCAAAACUUUUCUCACUUUUUUUCCUUCUCCUUGAAACGAUGGCUGCGAAGAAGAUCAUCCUCAAGAGCUCCGACGGUGAAUCUUUCGAGGUCGAUGAAGCCGUCGCGGUCGAGUCCCAGACGAUUAAGCACAUGAUCGAGGACGACUGCGCCGAUAACGGAAUUCCCCUUCCCAAUGUCACCGGAGCCAUCCUUGCGAAGGUUAUUGAGUACUGCAAGAAGCACGUUGAAGCCGCGGCUGAGGCUGGCGGAGAUAAGGAUUUCUGUGGUUCCACCGAGAACGAUGAACUUAAGGCAUGGGACAAUGACUUCGUCAAAGUUGAUCAGCCUACUCUGUUCGAUCUCAUCCUGGCUGCUAACUAUUUGAACAUCAGUGGACUUCUUGACCUAACGUGCAAGGCCGUGGCUGAUAUGAUGAGAGGGAAAACUCCAGAGCAGAUGCGUGAGCACUUCAACAUCAAGAACGAUUACACACCUGAGGAAGAAGCGGAGGUUCGCAAUGAGAACAAGUGGGCGUUCGAGUGAUUGGAUUGGAAUCGGUGUUUAGGAAUCCCUAGUCUUCUUUUUAGAUGUGUUUAGCUUUCAAGAUUUCGGAUUGGCUUUUUCUUUCUUUUCUUUUGGUUUGGAGUUGUUCGUUGUCUUUAGAAUUUAAGAAGAAAAACCUAAUGUUUUG